AUGUCUCUAGAAGAUAUUGUGAAGGCAAUGGCUGACAACACUUUGCAUUUCCAGCAAGAGACAAGAAGUGGUCUAAAGAACUUGGAGAACCAAGUUUCUCAGUUAGCUAACACAGUGGGAAAGCUCCAAGCUCAGAACUCUAAUAAGCUUCCGAGUCAACCAAAGAGAAAUCCAAAGGAGAACGCGAGUGCAAUCUCCCUGAGAAGUGGCAAGCAAUUAGAGGUUCCAACGAAAAAGACUGAAGAGCUGGCAGCACACCAAGAGGAACAAAGGACUAUUGUUCCAGAGCAAGAUAAGCAGCCCACUAAGGUAAGAGAUGUUGUUUCUCCUAAUACUGAUCAGUUUAAUUCUUCUGUUCCAUUUCCUAGCAGGUUAUCAUCUAAGAAUAAGAAGAGAGAGCAAGAAAAGGAGAAAGAGACCCUGGACAUUUUUCGCAAGGUUGAGGUAAACAUACCUUUACUGGAAGCUAUAAGACAAGUGCCGCGGUAUGCAAAGUUUUUGAAGGAGUUAUGCACUAACAAGAGGAGAUUGAGUGGAGAUGAAAAAGUCAGUGUAAGUGAGAAUGUGUCUGCUGUUUUACAGAGGAAAGUUCCUCCAAAGUGCAAGGAUCCAGGUAUUUUUACUAUACCAUGUAAAAUAGGUAACACGAGAUACGAUAAAUGCAUGCUAGAUUUAGGAGCUUCUAUUAAUGUCAUGCCUUUAUAUAUCUAUAAAGCUCUGAACUUAGGACCUUUGAAAGACACUCGAGUGAUUAUUCAGCUUGCUGACCGUUCUAAUACAUACCCUGUAGGAGUAGUUGAGGAUGUUUUAGUGCAAGUGAAUGAGCUGGUAUUUCCUGCUGAUUUUUAUGUUUUAGAUAUGCCAAAUGAUGAAUCCCCUAGUGCAGCACCUAUCUUAUUAGGAAGACCUUUUCUGAAAACAUCUAGAACUAAAAUUGAUGUUCACAGUGGGGUGUUGACCAUGUAA